AUGAUCGGACCCUUUUUACCCCCAACAAUUGUAACUUAUUUUAGUCUCACCUACAUUUCUCUCUUCAUCGACUACAGAUCAAGUAAAUUGAACCACUAUUGUUGCCUUCAACGACCUUUUCUGCCUAGAAAUUGUGACCAUCAUCGUCGAAAUCAACCUUUACAAGGUUUUAAGAAUCGUUGGUUUGGUGGUAGAUGGAAUGGUGGGAGUGAGUGGAAUAGUGAAAUACAGAAUGAAGCUUGGUGGAAGAGGGAGGAUCUGGUCUUCUUCUCCGGUUGGAUCUUUUUUCAACAUCAACAGAGGGGAUCACAAAAACACAUUUCAUUGAGAAUCAGUUGCUAUUCAUAUGUUAUGCGUAUUCACAGUGUUGAGGUAAAAGAGCCGAUGAACAAGGGAGAACUCUUAUUUAUGUCUUUUCGUAUGUAUCCCUUACAAUAAGAAAAUCAAUGGUGGGAAUGGAUAUAGAUGCAUGGUGAUGUAGGAUUACGAUGAUGAAGAUCUGUUGGGGGUUGUGAUGGUGAAUCCGCCCCAAUUCGAUGCAGGUUUCAAACUUAGAUGUUAGUGUGUGUAUGUGUGUUCUAGUUUUAGUGUAUGUAUAUAUCUGUGAAGUCUGUGUUUAAACUUUAAUAAAAAUUGUGUAUGUGUGUAUGUGCUUAGGAAGAAGAACAUAUUUAAGAAAAAUAAGAGAGAUAGUGAAGGUGAAUCAUGAAGAGAGAGAGAGUCAUAAGGACUAUUCAUGUGCAAAAAACAAAGGGUAUUUGCAUCAUUUCACAACCACUUAAUAGAAUCUUUUAAUAAAAUUAUUCAUGAGGACCAUUUGCAUUUAAGGUUUGCUCAAAAGGGACCAUGCAAAAAAAAGUUCCAUAAGGAC